AGAUCCUUGGAGGAGGAAGUAAACGGUGAAGGUGCGAUUGGAUACAUUAGCCGUAGGAAAUACGGCCUCUGCUGAGUUACGCUGGCGCUCGGAUACAUUUUGGAAUCCCGAUACACGACCUUUUCCUGGAAUACAUUUUGAAAACGGAUUUACGGCCCCUUCCCCGGAACGCAGCUAUGUUUGGGAUGUGAAUGUCGGCCUGAUCUGCAAUUUGAGCGAUCGCUUCACUUCGGGGUUUGAAACUUUCACGAACCGGCCUUGGUCUCUUGGCUUGAAACAUGUGCAAUGGGAUGAUUUUGCGGAAGAGCCACGGGCAACACCGAGUAACACUGAUUUUGGUGUUCAUCAUCUGCAUUUCCAAAGGCUUUGCGUCAAGUGGCAACUGCCGACACCCAUUUCAGCCAGAAAAUGGGGGUUUUGCUUGCCACCCUUCGUCCUGCAACAACUUCGAGGCCAAAACGGUCAUCGAAUACUUCUGCCACGAGGGCUACACUCUGAAGGGAGACUACAAGUACCUGACCUGUGAGGGUGGAGACUGGGAGCCCGCCAUGGAGGUCAGCUGCAGACUAAGUCAAGAUAAAAAGACAGAGCCAAGUAUUGGAGUGCCGACCCUCUCGAUUGUGGCAUCUACUGCUAGUUCUGUUGCCCUGAUCCUCCUCCUGGUCGUUUUAUUUGUUUUGCUGCAACCAAAGCUGAAAUCAUUUCACCACAGCAGACGAGAUCAGGGAGUGUCUGGGAACCAGGUGUCCGUCGUGGUGGAUGGAGUCCCCGUCUCGCUGCCCUCCUACGAAGAAGCUGUCUACGGCAGUUCGGGCGCGGCCAUUGCACCUUCCGGCUCCCGUGUCCAGAUUGUCCUGGCGGAGGGCCCGACAGCAAGUGACCCGGAGCUGGGGGAAGCAGCCUCCGGCACCAACCCGUGUCCAGGCAACUCCGAGGAGAGCGAAGUGCAGGCUAGCACCAGCCGCUCAGAGACUGUGUUGAUCCACCAUCCCAUCCCCUCCCAUUCAAUUGCACCCCGCAGGUCUCCCCUGAGGCUAUCGCAGUCUUCAGACACUUCAGAAGGCAGCGAUGUUCAGAGUCUUCUGUCUCUCGCCUCACCCGCAGGAUCUGCUGAUGAUAUUCCACUGCUCAAGGAUGCUUAACACAAUCCACGUGAGGUAAAGUGCUCAGCUUCGUCCUCUUCAGUACUUGAUCCUCCACCUCCAGUUGACUCACUCUACUUCAAGACCCCUCGCAGGAGCGCCUGCUGAUGUCUUGUAUGACAAGAAUGUGACAGUGGCAAGUUCUGUGCUAGACAUAUUCUGCAUUGGAAUUAAUCAGUGUGAAUGUGAGGCUGCCUUUAUUCACACUGGUUAAUUUUGAGAGGGGUGACUGUAUAGCAAAGGACAAAUGGGUCUAAUAUUUGCAAUACAUGGUUUGGAUUUGAGGUUCCAUGGUGGGUGAUUAAUUGAUCUGUGCAUUUUAACCACACUUUCUGGUUUGGUCCUUGGCACCUUUCUUGUGUUCACUUUAUUCGGCUGCAGACCAGUCCACUUGUGUUAGGCUAGCCAAGUUCCAGCUGCUUCUUGAAUGCUUAAUCAGAAACAGCAGCAGCAUUAGGCUAUACAGCCCCUCAGAAUACUGUUAUCCAAUGGGAUCACGAGUGAUGUUGUAUCCCAUCCACUUCGCUGCACGAUUUCUCCCUUUAUCCCAGACUUCCUUGACGUCCAAAAAUUGUACAUCAGUCUUCAAUAUUGCGUAUCCUUAGCCUUUUGGGCUAGAGAAUUCCAAAGAUUUAGAAUCCUCUAAGUAAUUUUUUGAUGUCUUGAUCCUGAACCUUUCCUGAGACAUUAGUCUGAGCUCUCCAGCUUGUUUCAAUGCACUCAUCUCUCAUUCAGUAUUCAUCAGUCUCAUGGGACACUACUUCAUCCCAGGAAUUAAUUAACACUGUUCUUCCUUGAGUAGGUCUCCCUAACCAGAGACAGUACUCAGACAGAAAGCCCAGCAUAUUUGCAUAGUCUUUGCACUUGUACUUAUGUUGCCUUGCAAUAAAGGCAGCAUACUAGUAACUCCUACUUUUAACUUUCUCAAUUUCAUGAACCACAAUCUUCUAUAUGUUUGCUAACUUCUCACCAUCUUAAAAAAGAUCAAUUUUGCCUACCAAAGUGAAUAGUUUCCCACUUUAAUCCAACUACUAGGCUCUCCUAGUUGAGAACCCCAAUGAAAUUAAUUAAACACACCUUGUUUUUGAGGGUGAACAUGUUCAGUGUUCAGUGGGAGAUCUCUGGAGAAUGUUGCUCAGUGCUGAAUAAACUUCUACCCCUUCCUGACUCCUACCACUUGAUAAGCUGGACUUGGCUUUGCAAAUCAAGAUUCAGCAUUUCAGCAGGUGCCCACCAAACAGGGGCUUUGUCUGAUAAAUGUGCAGCUAGGGACCAGGGUCAGUGGCAAGUUUCUUCAACUGAAAGAACCUGUGUUUAGUUCAUUAUGCCACAAUGUCUCAAAUAUUUUACCCCAAUGAAGUACUUUGGGCUUUAGACUACAAACACGUUUUUCACUGAGAUCAUACUCAUUGGUUUCUAUUAUGUAGCUUAAUCUAACAUAUCACCUGCAUUCUGCACUGAACCUCACAGUACAGGUUCAGCCUAGAUUUAUGCUCCAGUCUCUAGAGGGACUUGAAUCCACAACCAUCUGACUGAAGUGAAAGGCUGCCAACUGAGCCAUGGCUCAGUGCCAAGAGUGCUCAAUGUCUCACUUUCUUUUUCACUAUACAUAUCUCUCAGCUGAUCCCACAAAACUAAUGAGAAUGUUGAGAUUGGGGCAUCAAUAUCUGAAAUCCCUGCCCUCCCCCACUCAAUGCCUGUAAUCCUCUAUGGCUGAUUUACCAAAUACCCGUGGACAUUCUUCACCUUUGUAUGGUGUAAAUAAAAGGGAAAGUGGGAAUCUAUAUAUUUAAUCUCUUUGCCUUGCUGACUUGAAUGGUGUAUGUGUGUCUGUGUGUGUUACACUUGCAUUAGCCUUCACUUUAACUAAACGGCUAGGGAAUUUGGGAUUCCAGGUCACAUAGCAACAUCUGAUGCAAGUUGUCAACCUGAGACAAUAUUUUAAAAUAUUGUCUCAACAAAGCAUCUAUUUGCUCAUUUGGUGAAAUAAUUUUUGGGUGCUUCACAGGAGUGUUACCACACAAUAUUUUUUUUUAAAAAGUCCUUUUGAACACACUAUGGGUUAAGGCAUGGUAGAGAAAGGCAGAGAGUUGAGGGGAAAUGUCAGAGAUUAAAUGUGGGAGCUGGUUAAAGAAAUGGUCUAUAUUGUACACUUCUACAAAGCCCAUAUUUAAAUAGGUACUUGCUGUGAAGCCUCCACACCCCUCAAUGACUUUCUGUACAUCUAAGGGCACUACUUCUGUUCUUUGCUUUAUAGCUGAAUGUGUUGGGAAGAGAAUAACAUUCCGUACAGCUGCUCUUUAUCCUAUAACGUACAAUAAGUUUUACCCAAACUCCAGACCAGCUGGAACAAUUGCAGAAAAUCAUUUACUACUACUGGACUAUGCCAACAUUUAUCCUGCACAAGCUAUUCUGCCUACUGCUAAUAUUCACAUAAUCCCACGAGCACUUCAUUGCUCAUAUUUAUCAUUCUCAUCAACUAUGCCUUAUUGUAGUAAAUGCUACAUUUUCACCAUACCCUGAAGACAGACACCCCAUCCACAUUUAGCAAUAUCAAACCUGCUGUAGAAUUUACCUAGAAAACUAGUUUUUCCAUUAUCCAAUGCUGAUGUUUGAGAGGAUUUGUUUGCGUGUAUGCCUGUGCCAAGAUCCAAAUCUUGGAUUAACCAUCUAUUUUGUAACACCCCCUGUACCUUAGGCUUUUGUCUAUAGAGGGGGGCAUUGAACAGAAUAUACCAGUUCUCUCCAUUUCUCAUGAAAGAGGAUGUUUUGUACAGUAGUGCUUCGCUGCUGCUGAUACAGAGACAAAGGCACUGUUUCCUAUAACUUGCCUGUUAGUGUAAUGGAGUGGUGCUUGGUUGAUGUGUUGGCCACUCUACCUGUCCCUCUUUGGCUUUUGCUUUAAGGUUUCUCUGGAAUCCUGUAUAUUGCAAUGGGUGUCAAGAUAGUAUUUUAAUAUUUGUAUAAAGUUAAUUUAAGUUUAAUUGUACUAUGUAUAUAACUGCAUUUCUAAAUAAAUUUACUCUAAGUGAGGUGAUGAUCAGGAGGAA